ACCAAACUAGACUUAUGGUUAGUGUUAGGGUUUGGUCACCCGCUUAUCAUGCACGUAAGACAAGUCAAAGCCAUGCAUGCAUGCUGUAAGGCUCACCCAAAUCCCCGCCAUGCAUUACGUUCUCCUCUUCUCCAUUCAUCCACAUCCCCCUCCACCACCUUCACUCUUCAACUCCAUUAUCAAACCUCUCAUCAUGAUACUGAUCUUCAAUUCUCCAUUAAUGGCCACUUCUCACCACCUUCUCAUUCUCCUCCUCCUCUCAAUCCUCCCCACCACCUUUGCAGAGAUCAAGAACACCCACAUUUUCUCCGAUGCAAGACCGAUGAUCCUUUUCGAGCAAUUCGGCUUUCUUCGUGGUGGCCGUCUCUCUAUUUCCAUCUCCCACGUCCAAUGGUCACCUGCCUUCACUUCCACCACCACCUCCACUUUCAACACAAGUCUCACUGGCUUCUUUCUCAUCCCAAAUGCUUACUAUCCACGUAUCAUCAAUGAAUCAGAGUACACUCCUCGCUUCUGCCCUCUCUUAAGUCACUACAUCAUCCCUGUCCUAACUUUCACUGAUCUCACCAAAGAUCGAUCAUGCGAUCGAGCUCUUUCGAUCGAUAUCGCCGAUGAGUACAGCCUCUUCUUCGGUAAUUGCCAACCGAUGUUCGAUGUAACGAUGGAUGUUCGAACAGAGAUGUACAAUGUAGAUGCAACUGGUGGCAAGGACUAUUUACCUCUUGGCCGGAGACCGGUGCCGAAGAUUUACUUUGGGUUCUUCUUGGUUUAUCUUUUGUUCUUUUUGGUUUGGAUUUGGGUGUGUUGUAAGCAGAGGAAAACAGUGGAGAAGAUUCAUUUGGUGAUGGGUGGUUUGUUGUUGUUCAAAGCAUUGAAGUUGGUUAGUGCAUCUGAGGAUCUUUGGCAUGUGAAGAGGACUGGGAGUCCUCAUGGCUGGGAUGUGGCUUUCUAUUUCUUUGGUUUCUUCAAGGGUGUUUUGCUCUUCACUGUCAUUGUUCUCAUUGGCACUGGCUGGUCUUUCUUGAAACCUUAUCUCCAGGAGAGGGAAAAGAAGAUUUUGAUGAUAGUGAUACCAAUGCAAGUGAUAGAGAACAUAGCAGCAGUGGUAAUAGGAGAGACAGGUCCAGCAGAACCAGACUUCUUGACAUGGAACCAGAUCUUCUUGACUGUCGACAUUAUCUGUUGCGCCGCCGUCUUCUUCCCCAUCAUUUGGUCGAUCAAGAACCUCCAGGAAGCAUCGAAAACCGAUGGCAAAGCGGCGAGGAAUCUCGAGAAGUUGACACUCUUCAAGCAGUUCUAUGUUGUGGUUGUGAGCUACCUAUACUUCACUAGGAUUUUUCUUUCGGCUUUUAUAGCAAUGUUGAGCUAUAAAUACCGGUGGACGGUGACUGCAGCCGAGGAAGGAGCUAGUCUAGGAUUUUAUCUCUUCGUCUUUUAUAACUUCCAACCGGUUGAGAAGAACCCUUACCUUUAUAUUGGGGAUGAGGAGGAGGCUGCUGCUGGUGGUGCUUUGGAGAUGGAAGAGUCUUUUGAGCUUUAAGCUUUGUGCUUUGCUUGUAUGUAGAGUGCUUGUUGUACAGUAGAUACAGUUUUUCAUUUUGUUUGAGAACUAUUGUUUUUCUUUUGCUCUGUUUAAUGAGCAUUGUGACAGAUAAAACAUGUAUUUUUUU